AUGUAUCUGACUUUCCUUCACUCUAUUCUGCUUCCGUUGUGCAUCUUCUCACUUCUUGUAUUUGCACAAGAUAUCACAGCAUCUCUAGAUUAUGGUACUUUUCAAGGUGCUCACUCAUCUACGUACAACAUAACUUAUUACCAGAGAAUUCCCUUUGCAGCGCCUCCAACGGGAAAUAAUAGGUUUAGAGCUCCACAGCCUCCUCUUCCUAUCACGAAUGGCACAUAUAAUUCCAUUCAGACUUUUCCAGCUUGUCCACAGAAAGGCACCGUCGGCUCAGAAGACUGUCUCUAUUUAUCCCUCUACUCGCGCCCAUGGAUAACCGGACAGUCUCUCAGACCAGUCAUGGUAGUAUUCUUCGGUGGCGGGUUCAUUCAAGGCGGUGGUUCUCAAGCAGUUCCACCUUCGGCUUAUCCCAUCCUCAAUGUUUCUGCCCAGAACGAUAUCCUUUUUGUAUAUCCCAGCUAUCGCGUCAAUACAUUUGGAUUUCUGCCAGGGAAAGAGAUCGCUGAAGAUGAACACUCGGAUCUAAACCCCGGAUUAUUGGAUCAGAGGGCAGUUCUUAUAUGGGUGAAUAAAUAUAUUGAUCAAUUCGGCGGGGACAAAGAUAAUGUGGGCAUCUGGGGGCAGAGUGCAGGAGCUGGAAGUGUGAUGUUUGUUACUCUUUCCAAUUCCCACCUCAAAUGGCUCCUCCUGUAUAAUUCAGGUAAGCGACAACUAAUCUCCUCCUCACACAGCGCGCAAGUUCUAGCCACCUCAGAAGAAACCACGCCACCUCUCUUCAACCGCGCGCUCGCCUCCUCGCCCUUCUGGCCCAAAACCUACACCUACGAUGCCCCACAAGCCCAAUCAAUCUACGACACCAUGACCGAUCUAACCAACUGCACCGGUGCUACUCAUGGCACUUUACAAUGUUUGAAAUCUCUCGAUUGGGAGGUUUUGGCAGAAGCCGCUUUGGUGGUGGCAGCAAGUCAUACUUGGAAUACUAGCAGUUAUACGUGGGCGCCGGUUAUCGAUGGAUCGUUUUUGAAGAGAACUUUGAGUGAGGCGACGGUUAAUGCGGCGGAUGGUGAUGGUGAUGGUGGGAAGGGGAAGAUCAAGAUUUUAGGGGGCUGGGGCAUGUAUAAUGCGCAUGAAGGCGAGAAUUUCGUUCCAGCCGGUCUUCAAAACCCCACCGACACCGGUACACCCCCCUUCAACUCCACCACCGCAUCAUUCAACAUCUGGCUCUCUGGUUUCCUCCCCUCGUUCUCCACAUCCCAGCUCGAUGCUGUGCGCACUAUAUAUCCGGGUGCUGGCCGCGCAGAGACAUUUCCAAGUUACAACACUAGUUAUGUGAGAGCCGGGCUUAUAUAUAGGGAUUCGGUGUUGGCUUGUCCAGCUUUAUGGAUGAGUAAGGCGGCGAGUGAGGCGGGGUGGAUGGGAGAAUAUACUAUUAGUCCGGCUAGACAUGGGAGUGAUACUAUUUAUUGGAACCAAGUAAACGCAAUCCAAAAAUCACAACCGCUCAUUUACCAAGGCUACACAGGAGCCCUCGCAUCAUUCAUGGCAACAGGCAACCCUAACAAACAUAAAAUUACAAAUGCGUCAGAACCGCGUGUCCCAGAGCUAAUAACCGCGGGAAUGCAAUUGCAAUAUGUAAUCAGGAGUGACGGAUUUGAAAAUGUGGGGAUUAGUGUGGGAAGUCAGAGUUUGGAGACGAGGUGUAAGUUCUGGGCGAGUGUGGCGGGGAGUGUGCCGGUUUGA